AUGGGGUGCUCCACUAGUGAACCAAAUCUUCCAGAAUCUCCCACCACCACUGGCAACAAAACAUUACGUCAGCGUUUGAUGAUAUCCAUGAUCAUGUCAUUGUUGCCUCCUCGACUAUAUCGUGCUCUAGGCAAAAUAAAGCUAAUCUACUCCUUUGUUCUUUUGGAGAGAAUUGGCGGGGAUAAGUAA